UUGGCGGUGGUCGCUUGGCUUGGCGUGGCAGUGAUCGCUUGGCUUGGCAUUUCUGGCUUGGCGGUCCUCCUUUCGCAGAUUGGAAACCGCGGGCUAUCCUGCUGGGAGGUUGUGGCCGAGGCAGUAGCUCGCUACUGAUGGCCUCCUGGGGUGGAGAAAAGCGGGGAGGGGCUGAGGGGUCUCCGAAGCCGGCAGUCUACGCCACGAGGAAGACCGCUAGCGUCGGGAGCCAGGGGGACCAGUGGUACUUGGGCUACCCGGGGGACCAGUGGUCCUCGGGCUUCUCCUACAGCUGGUGGAAACACAGCGUCGGCAGCGAGAGCAAGCACGGUGAGGGCGCCUUAGACCAGCCCCAGCACGAUGUCCGCCUGGAAGAUCCUGGCGAGCUCCACAGAGCUGCCCGGUCGGGCGACGUCCCUGGGGUGGAGCACGUCUUGGCUCCUGGAGACACUGGCGUGGACAAGAGGGAUAGGAAGAAGAGCAUUCAGCAACUAGUUCCUGAAUAUAAGGAAAAACAGACACCUGAAAGUCUUCCUCAAAAUAACAAUCCAGAUUGGCAUCCUACUAAUUUGACCCUUAGUGAUGAGACUUGUCAGAGAUCCAAGAAUCUGAAAGUUGAUGAUAAAUGUCCAUCUGUAUCACCAUCAAUGCCUGAAAAUCAGUCAGCAACCAAAGAACUGGGACAGAUGAACUUAACAGAACGAGAAAAGAUGGACACUGGAGUUGUACUUCUCUCAGGGAAUGAUACUCUCCAUGACCUGUGCCAAUCACAGCUACCAGAAAACAAAGAGAGCAAAGAAGCAGAACAAGACUUGGAGCUGACAUCAGAGGAAGAGCAAGAAAGACUUAAAGGAUGCGAAAAUAAGCAGCCACAGAAAACGUCUCAAGAACCAGAAAUGGCUAAGGAUUGUGAUAGAGAGGAUAUACCUAUAUAUCCAGUACUUCCUUAUGUGCAAAAAUCUGAGGAAAUGCGGAUUGAACAAGGCAAAUUAGAGUGGAAAAACCAAUUAAAACUUAUCAUAAAUGAGUUAAAGCAGAGGUUUGGUGAAAUUUAUGAAAAAUACAAAAUUCUGGCUUGUCCUGAGGAAGAGCCACUACUUGAUAACUCUACAAGAGGAACAGAUGUGAAGGAUAUUCCCUUUAAUUUGACAAAUAACAUACCUGGUUGUGAGGAAGAAGAUGCAUCUGAAAUAUCUGUCUCAGUGGUAUUCGAGACAUUUCCUGAACAAAAAGAACCCAGUCUCAAAAAUAUCAUCCAUCCAUACUAUCAUCCAUACUCUGGGUCCCAGGAACAUGUUUGCCAGUCAUCUUCUAAGCUUCAUUUACAUGCAAAUAAAUUAGACUGCGACAAUGAUAACAAACCAGGCAUUGGACAUAUUUUUAGUACAGAUAAGAACUUUCAUAAUGAUGCAAGCACUAAGAAAGCAAGGAACCCAGAAGUGGUUACGGUUGAAAUGAAAGAAGACCAAGAGUUUGAUUUGCAAAUGACAAAAAAUAUGAACCAAAAUAGUGACAGUGGCAGUACAAAUAACUAUAAAAGCCUGAAACCUAAAUUAGAAAAUCUGAGUUCUUUACCACCAGAUUCUGACAGAACAUCAGAAGUAUAUCUACAUGAAGAAUUACAGCAAGACAUGCAAAAGUUUAAGAAUGAGGUCAACACAUUAGAAGAGUUCCUGGCUUUGAAGAAAGAAAAUGUUCAACUUCAUAAAGAGGUUGAAGAAGAAAUGGAGAAGCACAGAAGUAAUAGCACAGAAUUAUCAGGAACCCUAACUGAUGGUACUACUGUUGGCAAUGAUGAUGAUGGACUAAAUCAGCAGAUUCCUAGGAAGGAAAAUGGAGAGCAUGACAGGUAAGCCUAUAGCAGCGUUUAACAGGAGACAAUUGGUCAAGU